GAGUCACACUUGCUUCGAACUUCACAAACCGUAAACAGAAGGCUGGUGCGUUCUGGUCGAAUUUUGCCUGAUGUGUUGUCAGUAUUAUCGCUUUUAGUCACCAAAUUCUAAGCCAACUACAUCGGGACAUGGCUGGGUUACCACCUGGAGACCCACAGCUGGUCUCAAUGAUCGUAAAUCACUUAAAAACGCAGGGACUAUUUGACCAGUUCCGGAGGGACUGCCUGGCAGACGUUGAUACAAAGCCAGCCUACUUGAAUCUGAAACAACGAGUGGACAACUUUGUCUCCAAUCACCUGUCCAAUCACACAUGGAGCCCUCAUUUGAACAAAAACCAGCUGAGAAACAACAUCAGACAGCUUGUCCUGCAAUCUGGGAUGCUGGAGCAGGGAGUGGACAGGAUUGUGGCCCAGGUGGUGGAUCCCAAAAUCAACCACAUCUUUAGACCACAGGUGGAGAGGGUCGUCCGUGAAUUUCUGUCACCUGGCAGCUGCUCUGAGGAGCCACCAGCCCCUCUGCCUUUAACAGAGACCAAACCAGACAGCAGCAUUCCUGAGCAGGCCUCAACAUCGACGCCAACUACCACUGCUGCCAUCAACGCCAUGUCCAUCCUGGACACCAUAACUUCUCUCAACCAGGAAGCUAGCGUCAGAGCCAGCUCAGCAACCGAAAAAGCACGUAAAAGCCAAGCUGCAGAUGAGUCCAUGCAGGGGGUGGUGGAGGAGAGUGAGCAGGAUAUGAGUGUUGUUGAGGAAGGUGACAGUUACCAAGAGGGAAAGCCACUGGACGAGGCAGAGGAAGUAAAACUAUCGGCAGAGGUUCAGGCAUUAGAAGUGAAGACAGAGGAAACACAGGAACAGAUGGAACUGGGAAAAGAGGGAUUAAAGGAGGAUGUGAAAACGGAAGAGGAGGAGUCAGGAGCUCAGGAGCAGACAGAGGAAGAGAAAGACAAAGCUGUAAGCAAAAUCAGUGGAAAACCCUCAGAAGAGAAACAGGAUGAUGAUCUGCUGAAAUCUACAAGCAAGGCUAAACAGAAAGCCAGAGAGAGGAUAAAAGAAGAAUACUCUUUGGAGGACUCUGACCUGGAAGGCCUGAGUGACAUCACAGUGAGCUCUGUCCACACCAGCGAUCUGUCAUCAUUUGAGGGGGAAAGUGAAGACGAGCAGCAGCUGUCUGAUUCUUCUGAAGAGGGCGAGCUUCCACCUGAUGAUGAAGGUGAAAGGGUAGAAAAGAAACACGGUGCUGGCGACACAGGAGAUGAAGACAAGGAGCGUAAACCUCGUCGCAAGGCCUAUGUUCACAAACCCUUCCUCUACUCCCGUUACUAUAGCGACUCAGAUGAUGAGAUCACCGUGGAAGAACGUCGGAGAUCUGCGGCAAAGGACAAAGAGGAACGGCUACUCAAGAGACAACAGAACAGAGAGCGAAUGGAAGAGAAGCGUAAACAGAAAGCAGCGCAGGCUGAAGAACAAGGUUUUACUGUCUGCUAUCACAAAAAACAGAAGAGUGGAGACUCUAGUGUGCUCGAAGGCCCUGGAGCCAAAGAAGCCCGCAAAGAAAGGAAAGUUUUGGAGAAAAAAAUGGCUCUCAACAGGAAGAGAAAACUAGACUCAAGGAAAGAGGGAGAUGUUUCAAGCAAGAAGAAAGGAGACACGAGAGACAUUUUAAAGAAAGCAGAAGUAAAAUCUGCCACCUCAAAGACCCCACAACAUAAACUGAUGAAAAAUCUGUCGGAACCUACGUGUUCUGAGGAGCGACACAGAGGGAUGAGCGGCAGCAUCUCGGAAGAUUCCAGUGAUACAAAGAAGAUAUCUGACAAAGGCAGAACACACUCGUUCAUAUUGGAGCUGGAGCAAGGCUCCCAAGAGGCUCUCAGACAACGUUCAGUUGGGAAAUUUGACCGUCUGUCUCACAAAGAACGCAAAGAGAAAGAACGUAGCUUGUCUGAUGAACGUGCCAAGCUCAAACAGAAGCAGGAGAAAAAAUCUGAACAUCAGGUGGAUGAAUCUCAGCAGAAGGAAGGCACUGCUGUCAAAGUAUCCUCCGAAGAGAAAGGGGAGAAGAAGCCCAAGAUCAAAACUGAGAAGAAGAUGGCAGGAACUGUAAGAGAAGGAAAGGUGUGUGAAAGUGUUUCUGAGGAGGGAGGUUCUAAAGAACCAAAGAAGGUGAAGACUGUGGAGGCGGUCAAAGCAGAGAAGGAUAAAAAUAAGGACAAAGAUAAGAUCAAAGAAAAGGAAAAGGUCAAAGGAGAGAAAACUUUAGUUAAAAGCGAUUUCAAGCAGCUGCUUCGCCCAGAUUCUGCAGGUUCCUCUGAGGAUCGAUCCGACAUGGAGCCUGAGUCAAACAGCAGCAAGAAAAAAGAGAAACACUCCAAGGAAGUCAUGAAAAAGCCAAAGAGCCACAGUGAGGACAGGCCAGGAGAAAAACUAAAAUCUAAAAGCGAUAGUAAAGACAGUGAGAAGGAAAAACCAAAAGCAGAUCAAGACAACCAGAAGUUAAACAAGUCAAGCUCUGAAAGUGACAAAGAUCCAAAAAGGGUCAAAUCAACAGAAAAAGGAAAAAUUUUAGAAAGGUCUAAAUCAAAAUCCAAAGAGGAGGCAAAGACUCCAUUGUUGUUAAAGACAGAGAAGAGAGUUCACAGUCCGGAAGUAAAAAGUGCAGGUGGUGGAUGCACCAGCAAACCUGAAGCAACAAAGGAGAAGAAAAAAGAGGGAAAUGCAAAAGACCAGAGCAAAGUUUCUGAAGAAUCUUCACAGGAGAGAUCAGACAAAAAUGCAAAGAAAAAGCUGGAGAAGAAGGAUAAAAUUUCAGAAAAGAAAGAUGAGAGUCAGGAAGAGAAAGUGCCAAGAGAGGAGAAACUGGAAAAGUUGGAUAAAUCCUUUUCGGUUUCCUCUCUGACUCUUGAGACGGAUGAGCCACUGAAUAAACAACCUCUUCUUCAAGACACGAGCACAGACUCUGAGCCCAUCACCACCACUGUCACCACGUUGUUCUCAGAUGAUACCUGCGAUGCUUUAAGCGACAUCACCCCUGAGCCGCCCGAGGGAGAGACGGAGUCACGCCUCUGCGAGAUGCCAGCUGUGCCUGCAGAGGCUGACGCCCUGCUGACGCUUAUGGACGUCUGCACGUCAGCAGAGGCAAGACUUCCACCUGAGAACAAUCGAGAGGAUGUGACAUCAGAGAUGGCGCUUCAGGAUGCUGAUAUGAAGAUGAAAGAGGCAGCUCUGACCCUACUCUCCAUGGAUCCCGACAGCACAGUGUCCACUAGCUUACUGUGUCAAGAAACAAGGGCAGAGUCAGCAGUUAAUCCACCCGCCCCACAUCCAGUAGAGACAACUACAGCUGAAGAGGAGCAGCUUCUUCCUAUGGAAGAGGAAACAGCUGCUGAAACUGAGUUUACAGCUGCUGAGCCUUCACCAGCAUCUCAACAAACCGAUGAGCUUGCUGAUGGAAAAUCAAACAUUGCAGAUGAGUCAGAAAACACAGAGGUAAAAAUGGACACUUCAAAUGUUGAAACCUCUGAGAUGUUGGCUCCACAGGAGGAUGAGACUAUCGCAGAUGAAUGUGAAGCUCCCUCAAAUGAGGAAGAAGCUGAAAGUGCUGAAACACUUCCUGAAAUGCAGCCAGAUAAGACACCGGCAGUACCACUUGAAGAGGCUGCUGCUGCUCUUGUGUCUGAAGCAGAAGAAUCCACAGGAAGCACAGAGGAAAACACACUGACUGUUGUUUCCAACACCGCUGAACACGUUUCAGAAAUUCCCGGUGAACAAGAACAACCAGAGCCAGAUGAUGCAGUCACAAAGACAAACCUCGAGGCAGAGGAGGCAGAGGGUGAGGAGGAUCAGGCCAAGAUGGCGAUAGAUAACAGUGAAGCUGAGAGUAAGACCGAGGAAGAAAAUGUCUCAGCAGAGAAAAGUGAUCCACAGACUAUGGAAACCAGUGUUCCAGACAAGACUGAGGAUGCCAGAGAAGCUGAACCUACAUCUGAACUAGUCACACAAAUCAGUAAUGUCUCCAGCACAGACAGCCAAGAAGAUGAAAAGGGCUCAGAUCUGUCAGAAAAGGAGGAGAAAACAGAGGGAAGAGGAAGGCGGAAACGAAAGCUGUCCUGUCAGAGAUCUGCAGCAGUGACAGAAUCUGGUGAGGAGGUGAAUGAAAAAGAAAGUAAAGAGCAGCUGCCUGCUGAGGACACUGAGCAGGAGAAGAUUGUGGAUGUAAAAACCCCUCGCAGGCGGCGAUCGUCCAAAACUCCCGAGGAGGCGACGAAAGACGAAUCGAAAGACCCGGAGAAGCCAGAGGAGCCUCCGAGCCGCAGGAGGAGACGAUCGGCAGGCAAAGAAGCCACAGCUGAUAAUCAGAAGGAAGAUGAAGAAAAAGUCGAGGAAAGUUCUGACCAAACCUCCGCACUCGAACCAGCAGAGACAGAAGAGAGAACUGAAGAGGAAAAUGAACCAAUUAAAAGCGAGGCGAGUCUGCAGUCUUCUGCUCCAGAGGACUGUGAAGGAGCAGCAAGCGCCGACUGCAACGAGACUACUGACACCAGUGAACCAACAGUGGAGACAAAGGAAUCCGAGGAAAUGGAGGACUGUGUGGAGGAAGCCAAGGCUCCGGAGGAGGGGGUGCAGGACAACAGCGGACAGGAGCAAAGUGAGCCUGACAAAGACAGUGGCUGUUCCCCCUCUGUGAGUCAGCCAGACGGUCACGAGGAUGUAAAAGAGGAGAGCUGCAGUGAGAAAAACACUGAAGACGGUGGGGAAGAGCAACAGCAAGACGACCAAGAGACGACUCCAAAGAGGUCUGGUCGGAGGGGACGGCCAUCGAAGGCAGCUGCUGCAGAGGAUUCAGAUAAAAAGGUCAGAAAAGCAGACGAGAAAGAAAGUGAGCAGAAUGAUGAAGAAGAGGAGGAGGAAGAAGGUGAGAAAGAAGGAGAGGAGGGAAAAGAAACUGCAACUAGAGCCACAACACGGUUGGCAUCUCGCCUGGAGGCUGAAAGAAACAAGCCAAGUAAACCAUCCACCCGGGCAAGCCGACAGAACGGUAAAGAGGAGACCGCAGCUGGCACACGCGGGACAAGGGGCCAGGCAGCGGCAGCGGCAGCUGUGGCCAAAGGGGGCCGUAAGCGGGAGACCAGCCCUCCUGCGGUGCGAACGCGGGGAGGACAGAAAUCAGAGGAGCCGCCUUCCAAGAGAGCCAAACGCUAGGAUGUUUGACAGCGGCGCACCGGUUUGCCCCAGCAGUGUUGUUUUUACACUCCAUAUUCGAAGCGCCUCUGCAGUCAUUUAGCACGUAAAGCUGUUUCUGCUCGGUUGGCUGCAGAUAUCGGAGAGCUCUGGAUAGUAUUAUACACUCUCCUCUGAUGGUUGAGUGUAAACCUGAGGAUCUGUGUAAGAAUCCCCCAGAAUACCUUCUGCAGCUCUACACACAUAUGGUUUGGAUCAGACUUCAUAUUUUGCCAUUUAUUCAGUAAUGUCCGCUGAGUAUUUCAGACCAAUCAGAAGCCUAAUGUGCAGCCAAGUUGUGCUUUGAGAUAAAGAGGGUGAAGUCUGCAGAGGCCAGAUUGCGUCUCAUGUACACAGUUGUACAUAGAAAUCGGCCAUUUGUGAAUAAGUACAUUUUCAUUCUGUGAAUGAAACAAGAUGUUUUGCUCCCAGGUUUUUGUUUUAAAAAUGUGAUAUUUUUUAUUUUAUAUUUCCCAUUUAAAUUGAUGAUAACUCUGUUAGUUAAAGACAAGAAAGAUGAGACGGAACAUGAAGAGUCUCUUGUGACAUUUUUUUUUUUGCUGCAGACAAAGUUCUGGUUUUUACUUACUAAAUGGAGGCCAUCUGAUUAUUUUUAUUGUUACACAAUUAGCUGUCAGUGUGUAAUGUAUUAAUGUAAAGCAGGCUUUUCAACUUUUUUUUUUUUUUUUUAUAUAUAUAUUAA